AUGAAUAAAGAAGAGUUAUUGGGAUUCCUACUAGAUGACAGUGGUGACGGCCAAAAAAAAUGCGUUGCGGAUGAGCAGGCCUACUCUAAUUGGUUAAAGAACGAUAAUGAGGAACAUGUGGCCCAUGAGGAAAGCCCUUCACAAAUUACUGUAGCUGGGGCUGUAGCUGGGGCCGUAGCCGCAUCGAAUAAGAAGAAGCAGACAGAAGCCGCACAAGAGGAUGUGGAAGAGCUAUUAAACGGCUUAGAAGGGAUUAUUGGAGGCGCGGACGCCCGUAGUUUUAAGCCUAAGUCAAAGAGCAAAACCAAAAAGACUAGAUCGAAACCAAGGGAGGAAAACGUAAGUACGGAAGAACAUGAAGAACAUAUUAUAGUGCUCGAGGUGGAAGAUGUUAGCAAUGUGAGUGCCCACGACAAUGUCAAUGGAGCAAGUCCGUCGCCAAAUCUGGACUGUUCGAAGAAGAAAGAGAAGCGAAGGAAAAACGCCAAGGAGCUGUCAAAUGAUGAGCUAAAAGACAAAUUAGAAAUUACCACUCGCAAAUCACGUCUUGAAUCCAAAGACUUGAAGAAGAAAGUUCAUAGGCUCGAAAAAAGGAACGUUGAACUUGAACAACGCCUGGAAGAGUUGAAGAUCGAGAAUCAGACCUUGAUAGAGAUUAACAAUAGACUUUCGAAGAAUGCGAAUGAGGACGAAGAUAUUACGAAGAGCCCGAGGAAUAAGGAAAAGGACCGAAAGCGGAGAGAAAGAAGAACGGCAAGGAGAAAAGAGGAAAGAAAGCAGGAAAAAAAGAAGGUGCCGCAGUCUUUCCCUUCAUCAACCGAUAUGAAUGGACAACCUAUAGAAUUUUGA